GCUCGAUUUAGCAGCUGUAUUUCCUGCUUGCUGUUUCCACUCGUAGCGAUGGCAGAAGUGAAAGCUUCCCUGAUUUGUGGCGUUAUAGCGGCCUGCCUGUGUUCAGCGGUGCUGGCAUUUGUUGAAGACCUAGAUGACACAUUUAAAGACACCAGAGUGAACGAUAUCUGGCUGGUUGACUUCUAUGCGCCGUGGUGUGGCUACUGCAAAAAACUAGAGCCAGUAUGGCAUGAUGUGGGAGUCGAGCUGAAGAGUUCUGGGUCACCGGUCCGCGUGGGAAAGAUGGAUGCCACUGCUUACUCUGGAAUGGCAUCAGAGUUCGGUGUCCGCGGUUACCCCACAAUAAAACUGUUAAAGGGUGAUCUCGCCUAUAACUACAAGGGACCAAGGACAAAAGAUGAUAUCGUGGAGUUUGCCAACAGGGUGGCAGGACCCGCCGUCAGGGCGCUUCCCAGCAAGCAGAUGUUCGAGCACAUGCUGAAACGACAUGAUGUUCUUUUUGUGUAUGUCGGUGGGGAGUCUCCCCUCAAAGAGAAGUACAACGACGUAGCCUCUGAGCUCAUUGUCUACACUUACUUCUUCUCGGCUUCAGAGGAAGUCUUUCCAGAGUCUGUAACUUUGCCAGAGCUUCCUGCGGUUGUAGUCUUCAAGGAUGGGGCCUACUUUACCUAUGAUGAGUACGAAGAUGCGAGUUUGUCAUCGUGGGUGAACAAGGAGCGUUUCCAAGGGUACCUUCAGAUUGAUGGCUUCACACUGUAUGAGCUGGGAGAAACAGGCAAAUUGGUGGCGAUUGCAGUCAUCGAUGAGAAGGACCCCACAGAGGAGAGUGGCAGAUUAAAGACCUUGAUUCAGAGGGUGGCGAAGGAAUACAGAGAACAUUUUAACAGGGACUUCCAGUUUGGCCACAUGGACGGGAAUGACUACAUUAACAGCCUCAUUAUGGGGGAGGUGACGGUGCCCUCCGUUAUCAUCCUCAACACAUCCAACGAGCAGUACUUCCUGCCCAGUGAGCCGAUCGAGACCAUGGAGCAGCUGGUCCAAUUCAUCAACAGCGUUUUGAACGGUUCUGCGCAGGCGUAUGGAGGUGAUGGCUUCAUUCAGAGGAUCAAACGUGUGGCAUUUGAUGCAAGAUCCACCAUUAUGUCAGUGUUUCGCAGCUCUCCUCUGCUGGGCUGCUUCCUCUUCGGCCUACCGCUGGGUGUAAUUAGCCUGAUGUGCUAUGGCAUCUGCACAGCUGAGUCGGAUGACGGUUCGGAUGACAUAGACGCGCUCAAGAGGGAGGGCCUGACUGACGAAGAGGACGAAGAGGAGGAGGAGAGGCAACGCGCCGCUGAGCUGGAGGGCCCCGAAGAGGGCGAGAACGAGGAAGGCGACGCUGGAGAGAAGGAUCCCGAGGAGAAGAAAACCGAUUAACACAGGGGCACCCGCCGGAUAGAGGAUGAUAGGCCUAGUCAAAUGCAGUGACAUGAAACUCAAAGACAUAUCAAUGUAUUCUGCUUCUUUGUCUUUCAUAUCACUUCUCCCUCAAAGCCCCUCGAGCACAGACUGUUGUUCCAUCUCAAAGUUCUGUGUUUAAGGUCAGCUGCUCAGCGAAGCCAUCGUUUGAAACUAACAGCCUUUUUAAUGAUGGAGCGUGAACACAUAAUGAUCACGAGGAGAAGGGAUGGCUGUGAACCAAACAAACCACUUAUUUAUUAUGAUUCGACCAACGAGUGGUUUAUUCCAUGUGAUGUUACCCUUUCUCUCGUUGUUUUGUAGCCACUAAAAUGUUCCGAUUAUAGCUUCUUCUUCUUCUUUUUUGUCAUAUCCCGAUCUCUUCUGUUUUUCUGUUUGAUUCCACUAUGAUAUCCUAGACUAGUAGAAAACAGAUCAAUCUUGCCUUCAAACCGAAUACAACAUGAACACACACAGUCAUUUUGUCCGCCUCGACCCCCAACCCAAAGUGUAGGCUUGUCAUGGAUUGUGACUGACGUGCAGAAAGCAAAGGAAGUGCCCAAGAAGGAAAAUCUGCCAUAACUGAAUUGUGCUUUUUUUAUUGUAUGUUAUUGCCUGAAAAUAUUUCUUCUUCUAGAGGUGCAAAGUGCCGAGACUGUUGUGCAUUUCUUCUCAUUUUAUGCCAGCCACCUGCUGAUGAAAAAAGCUCGAGUGAUAAUUGGUGUCUGAUACCAGAACAUGGCAAAUGCACUCUUUUUUUCAUUUCAACCCAACAUGACCAACCUGCAUAAAAUUCCUAGUACAGAUUGGUUGUACCUGUACAGCAGACACCCAUAACAUGCAUCAGUAGUUCCUGCAGCUUUUAACAACUCAUAUUCCUCAGAUAAACUGGCUGCGUCUGUUUCCAUAUUUCAAUCUGCCCUCCAUCUCUGGUUGCUAUAUUGAAUCCAGCAGGCAGGUUGAAGUUUAAAUCCUGAUGCACUGAGAUGUACACUGAGCGUAGAAGACAUUAAGCCAGUCCUCCUCCUGCUUAGUUUCCCCUCUUUUUUCUGCCAUAAUCCACUAGUGUUGGUUUUCUAAUAGAGGAGACAUUCAUCUCUAUCCUAUUUUCAUACCCUCACGACUAAAGUGUAUAUAAUAGCUGAAGUCAAGUAGAGGCUAUGACUUCCUCUUGCAUUCGAGUGGCCAGCCUAUUUCAUGAAAAAGAGCAGGUGUUCCUAAAGUCUGUUACACCCAGUGUAAUACUAUUUUUAUGAGAAUUGCACACUAGAGUGCACCUUGUUGGAUUGGGGCAUAUUAAAGCAUCUGAAAAACAUUUCAUUAUCUUCAAAAUUGAAUAUUUGUGACUGAAGAUGGAAAAAAAUAAAGAUAAAGCCCUUAACACUCCAGAACUCAGGAUGUAAUUUUGAGAUUUGAUUCACAGUGGUGUUUCUGUGGCAACAAAAGCACAUUUUUCAACAGCUGUCGUUAGAUUCUUGGUCAUGAUUGGAGCAUGGAAAUACCUUAAAUAUCAUAUUUCCAACAAAAAAAAACACCCACUUCAAAACCAGUGGGAAAAGCCAGUCUGUUCUCAUUCACACGGCCUCAGAUACAGCAGCUUGGUCAGUGGCUAUCAGAUUCUGACGGACAAGGAACCCUUUGGCAUCUAUAUGAGACUCAGAGAGCUUUCAACUAACUCCAGUGUAAACCCAUCCGCCAGAAUGACAUAGUUUAAAGAGUGAGAAAGUCUGUGGUGGGAGGGAGGGGAUAUAGGCGGGUCAAACAAAGACAGGACUUUUAUCCAGGAGACCAGUGUUUGUGUCCUGUGUGAAACCAAAACUCAACAAGGUUUUUAUGUACUAUGUAACAUAGUUACUGUCAUGUGACAUACAUGUCACAUAUGACCUUUAGCCCUUUUUACACAGAGACCGCACCUCAUGCCGCCUUUGCAUUUUAACACAAAGCCAAACAACAGCAGCAUCACACCACUCUUGCGUGUGAUUUUAGACAACAUUGCGGAAUCAAAAGAAGAGUGAUGGGUGUGACAUUUAACACAACAGCAUCAGCCGUUAGUGUGACGUAUAACAUAUGCAUCAGCAGCGCUUUAUAAACAAUAAUGAUCAUUUACCAUCUCUGUUAUACGGUGGCUGAUCUCAUCUUCUGCUCGGAUUGUUGGGAGCUCUUGGACCUCAUCGUUUUCCCAAUUUGCAGACAUUUUCGGCUGCUGUUCUUCUUUGAGUUAGCUGCCAGCUGCUAUCAGCUACUUUUUAAAUUUACCAUGGUGGGUCGUAUGCAUAACACAUCAUCAAAGUGUCACACUGGUGCCACUGAUGAUCUCAUUCUGUCGGCUGUCCCCUACUUGUACAGACAUCAGUUGGCGCUGUUACUACCUCCAUUCUUGGCUCAGAGGCGAGACAACUCCGUCCCCCCUGAUUGCCAAAUCAUUAUGUUUUUCUAAACCUAACCAAGUAGUUUUGUUGCCUAAACCUAAAUUACCUGUGAAUGUGGAAGUUUAUUUUGAAAAGACACAAUGCAUGUAACAGUUAGAAAUUUACACAUCAUCCCUAAGAACCAAAACUGACGCUAGAGGGGUACCUAGAGCGUCAUAUAUUGAAACAUAGGACCACUGACCAGGCUGCCAUAUUUGACAAGCUGGGAGUGAGACCUUGUUGAAAGAGCACAGACAAAUACACAAAUACUGUAUAACAGUCUUGUGUUAAAUAACCAGGGUGGCAGGUAACAGUGUAAAUUGUGUCGGACCCCAUCACUCAAAAGGUUUACAUUUUUGGAAUGCAUAUUCACUUUCUUGCCAGGAGUUUGAUGAGAAAGUUGAUACUACUCAUGUCUGACAGGGAAAAUAUGAAGCUAGCGCCAGCAGCUGAUUAGCUUAACUUAGCACAAUGGCUGGAAACAGCAGGAGCAUGCUAGCCCGGUUCUGUCAAAGGAUAAUAACAUCCAUCUAGACUGCAUCUGAAAUCAUAUACUCUGCACUACAUACCCAAUAUGUAUGCUAUCAUUCACCAUGCUUCUGCUUAACUAAACAGUGGUAUGUAUCUUUGUCACUGAGCUGUAAUUACCACGUCACUUCUUAAGAGCCUCCCUGCCAGCUGAAGAUGCAUAACCAUGGAAACCCCUGCCCCUGCUAAGUGAAAUCUUAUACUUAAAAGUAAAUUGAAGCAUAAUUGGCAUUACAGAGCUGUCUCCUCGCUGUUCACCAUUGUCUUUUGUACUGCUGGUUUCAUACUAAGGAUUCAGACGUACCAAACUACAUGUUUUUGCAUGUACGGAUUUAACAAACAAGAUAUAAUCUGUUCACUAAAAUGGGCAUACAAUGUACAAUUUGAGAAAUACUGUACGAAUAGAUCAUUUGCAGUGUAAAACCAAAGCUCUCAAUUUAUGUGCUCACACUGCAGUGCGAUCGUCAAACCACGACCUGAGUGCUCACACUGUAUAUGUAAAAUAUACAGUAAAAUGGUUCGUUGGCCCCUUGCUGACUCUUCUGGGUAUUGCCAAUUGUCAAUAAAUAUUUGAAAGUUCCAGGGCAGGUAGAAGUUUACAGUUCACAAUAAUGUUGAGACAGACGUCCCAAAAAGAACUUAAAAGUCAAUUUCUAUAAAAACGGGUAGGUCUAAGUUUUUAUUCCCUCUGUUUCUCUGUCUCUCAAGUUAGCAGUACCACCAAACUUGCUGGGUUUAGGCUACACUGAGGGAUUGAUUGGGAAGAAAGGCACUGAUCUUGGGGAAUCUACUCGUGGCUCUGCUUCAACUGUGAUAGAGACAAGCAAAAUUUGACUUGUCAGAAAUUCAUCCAAACCCCGUAUAUUCCACGACAAACAAUGCCCAAUGAUGCUGAAAUUCAGUCUGACUCUAAAAUGAAUUGUGCGGCUCAAAAAUGGGGUCAGAAACAGUCUCAGGUCAUACAGUGUAUGCCCAGCUUUAGAGAGCUUGAGGCGCUGGCUGGUAUCAUCUCAUCUAACUCGACAAGAAGGCAAAUAAGCGUAUUUCAUAAAAUGUCAAACUACUUCUUUGGAAUGGUACACUGGAUAAUAUUUUUUACAUUACUUAUCUGAAACAUAUUUAACAUAUAAAGCUGCAAAGGCAAAGAAAACUUCUAAAACAGGCUUUCUCUCAAGGGAGCUUCAACACCUGAUGAUGAAUGAGCAUUAAGUUCAUCCUUGACCUUUGGAAGAGUCAUAUGACAGAGUAAAUUUAGCUCUACGUCUACAUCCGGACUUUUGAACAGACUCAACAACUGAGCAAACUAUUAAGCUACAAAGUGGACUUUGAAUUAAGAUAUUUUCAAAUGGUAAUGAAUGUUUGGAGCUGUUAAUGCUGUAAUUGUGUAAAGGUAAUCCUUAAUCCCACUCUGUAACCCCCUUUUUAAAAGUGUAGCUGAGUAAUGAGAUCGCUUCAAGAUUCGUUAUUUAUUUCAUCGUGCUUUUGUAGCUCAGUAAAUCUUGUAACUUGAUCGACUUUGGCACCUCAACCUAAGCACACCUGUUGUUUUGAAUAUACAGAGGUCAUCUGUAUUAUUACUGUGAAACUGCACUAAAGGAACCAUGCCCUCGCCUUGCCUUCUGGUCUUUGUAGUUGCCUACCAUUUUCUGCCAAACUUCCUCUUUGGGUUUGAGUUAAGAUUGUCACACUUUAUUACAAGUUUGAAAGGUUAAAAUAAAGAUUGUCCUCUUUU